GUACACGGACUAUGAUACCGCAGAUAUUCAGAUGGUCACCGGAUAAUCAAUUGAGUUUUUUUUUUCCGCCUUAUACCACCAACACUGAACUGGGUGACUGACUGUCAGCGGCGCGGUGAGGUAAUCACCAUUUGUUCCGCUUAAGGCACCGACAGGCGAAGCGCGAUAUAGCGAGGGAGAGAUGCCAGAACUACCGGAGGUGGAGGCAGCGCGACGGGCGAUCGAGGAGCACUGCGCCGGGAAGAGGAUCUGCGAGUGCUCAGUGGCGGACGAUCCUAAGGUCAUCGACGGAGUCUCGGCGUCCGAGCUUGAGGUGACCCUCGUCGGCAAAACCAUCGUCGCCGCCCUUCGUAAGGGCAAGAACCUAUGGCUACGCCUCGACUCACCGCCAUUCCCCUCUUUCCAUUUUGGAAUGACGGGCGCCAUUUGUAUCAAAGGCGUCGCUGUAACUAAAUACGUGAGGUCUUCGGUAAGUGACUCCGAUGAGUGGCCUUUAAAGUACUCAAAGGUGUUUGUUAAACUAGAUGAUAGCGUGGAGUUCUGUUUUACUGAUAAGAGACGUUUUGCCCGGGUUCGCUUGCUUAAAGAUCCACAAUCUGUACCUCCAAUUUCUGAGCUAGGCCCUGAUGCCCUGUUGGAGCUUGUGCCAGUUGAUGAGUUUGUGGAGUCCCUUAGCAAAAAGAAGAUUGCAAUAAAAGCUCUCUUACUUGAUCAGGGCUUUAUUUCAGGCAUUGGGAAUUGGAUUGCAGAUGAAGUUCUUUACCAGGCAAAGAUUCAUCCCCUUCAAAUUGCUUCAAGCUUGACCAAAGAGAGUUGCAAGUCAUUACACAAAUGCAUCAGAGAGGUUAUCAAACAUGCGGUUGAAGUUGAUGCAAACUCCAGCUACUUUCCAAAAGAAUGGUUGUUUCAUUUGCGUUGGGGCAAAAAGUCUGGCAAAAUCAAUGUCAUUCCCCCAUUGUGCAGAGAAAGUUGGAGAGCAUUUCAGCUUUAAAGAGUGUCCUGAAGCAUCAGUUUGUACUUUGAGUUAUUCAGUUUUAUGCACUUGCCGGGUGCCUCUUCCUAAGUUUGUUAUAAGUGGAUUAAAGCUCAUUAAAAUAAUCAGUGAUAGUGAACAGUUAUGGAGUUUACAAAAACCCAAAUAAUGAUAUGCUAGUUACAAGUUUGCAGCGGGUAUACAUGAUGAUAAUGUGGUUCAUUUUCAGUCUUUUUUUUUAUUUAACUGCUUUGGUUACUCUAAUCAAUCCUUGAAUUCUUUGCUAAACAAAUUUAGCAUCUCAUUAAAAUUUUAGAAGCGUAUUGUAAUGUUUUCCUCUAUUUUUCCUAUUAUGAGGAUAUAUUUUACGCUUUUGUUUGGAUGUUUUUCAAUUAUUAGUGGCAUGCCCUCACAUCGAUCCACAGAAAUAAAAUAUGCAAAGUUUCAUGUUAGACUAAUUAUGAAUCAUUAAGUAACGCCACCUUCUAUU